AUGCCGCGCAAGAGAUAUCACCAGGAUAGGGCACGAUGGGAGCAAGAUAGACGGGAAAUGAGAGCACAGUUUUCCCAAGAGGAAAAGACGGAGGAGUACGAGAGAGAUCUAGAGACCCGAAUUCGACGAGAUGCCGAUGAAACUGCCUGUUCCGAUGACACUUUUAUGGACGAUAGUUCUUCUAACAACGAAGCUGAUCAUUUCCAUCACUGGAACGAUAACAACAACAACCAUGGAACGUCAUCCCAACGUUCCCAUGCUCAACCUGCUUGUGCCAACGAUGCCGACAAAUGUGGCGCUCCCCAUAAUCAAAUUGACUUCGGGGUAUCUGCUGAUACUCUUGCUGCUCAUUUGCGAAAAUCUGGUGACCGGAACGCUCUAAAGGAUCUUUUGCCCGACGGUCCUUCUAUUGAUCCAAAUGCGGAUGAGCCACAAGACAGCAAUGCUUCUUAUAGUGAAGAUAUUGAUCAAAGCUCGCCCGCACUCAGAGAGGCUCGUUUCUUCGACGACUUCAACAAACAUCCUGCAAAGGCUGUGCUACUGUUCUAUAUCAACUCGGGUUUAUUCCGAUUUGAGCAAUACAAGGAUUACACUGCAAGUUCCAACGGUCAACCUAUUGAUGUUGAUCGGCUCGUACAAGAUAUCAGAGAUGAGCGGAUGACCGACAAGGAGUAUGACACGAUCAUUCGCAAGUUCUAUGAGCUGCAUUCCUUUGUGGACUUUUCGACGAAGAGCUGUGGUUGUUGUGGAUUGCGUCUCAUAGAGCGUAUCGAUGAGCCUCGCAUCCAAUACGUCAGAGUACCGCUAUCCCAUUCCAAAAUGUCAAUCUUGAAGUAUACACUUCAGCAAGCCGAGGAGCUUUCCCAUUUCAUGAAUUCGCCUCAAGCAAAUGUAACAAUACCCAUUGAUUCCAAGUGGAAUGAACAAUCGGUUAAUCUUGCUCAGGUCAGAUCGUUCUUCAGACAACACGACAAUGAUGGAGGUUCGGUCUUCUGGCACCUUCAUCCUGAACUGGUUGAAAUUGACCAAGAUGGUACCCACUUUGUCUCAUUGUGUCCUCUCUGUCAUACAAGUGUGAUAACUGAUGAGGCCGUUCCCAACUUGUCUAUUGCCAAUGACGUUGAUUUUGGAUACUUCAAACGGAUUGGUCUGACCAUGCCUAAUUUGCACGAGCAACUUAUGCUAUCUCGUACAAGAAUGUACUUUGCAAUGUUGAAGGCUUCAUCAAAUACAGUUGGGCAGGUCAACAUGAACGACAAGAACAGAUCCAAAUGUCAUGCAAUCAUAUUCCCGCACAACUCCUGUGAGGUUGCUUCCUACAUUUUUGAAUCAAGUCUACUGGAGAAAGGUGGACUCCUCGAUAUAGAUGAGAUUCGUAAGCUGUUGCACAUCUAUAUGGUGGAUCCCCAAGGAAGGCAGGAUGCAAUGGCACGUGAAGUCUUUCAGACGGUCAACCUUCUGGCCAGACCUCAUGUUGUUGCACAAUGGCUGAUUGUGCUUCGAUGGUGUCAUCCUCAUUAUCGAGACCUAGAUGUGACCAAUGUGAAAGAGGCUGUGAAAAGGGUAGUGAAUGAAAUGAACAAUGCAAUCAUCGAUAGCGCAACUGCAUCGAUGAUCCAGAUGCUCUUGAAUUCGAAAAUGGUUUAG